GCUCGACACAUGAUCGAGCAGACGGCUCGAGCAUAACAUCCCUAGGUAAAAGUCCUCUCCUGAAAUGAAAGCGUUUUACCUGUAAACGUAUUUCCUAAAGCGUUUAGUUCUUUGUUUGUAAGCUGGCUGUCUGUAAAGUAAGUGAUGAAUGUGUCCCACUAUCACCUUCCAUCCUCAUUUUGAUUGUCAGGCAGCAGAUGCAGCAGGGUGGCCCUUCUUCUCCCAGCUGUUCCUCCAUCUCUGACUGUUUCCCCCUCAACACACCUGCAUGUGGAAGUGAGAUUCUGCUUAAACCACAGAAAGACGAACUCUAACAUCCGUCCAGAAUGAGGUCCGUCCUGAUCUUCUAUCUUUGCUACCUGCUGUGCCUGGGCCUGGGCCUUGCCUGUGUGGUGGGUGUAUGCGUGUGGAACAGCUGGUGGCGAGGCGGUUUUGCCUGGGAUGGCUCGAGCCAUCAGUUCAACUGGCACCCUGUCCUGAUGGUAACGGGUUUGGUGGUGCUGUACGGCAACGGAGCUGUGGUGUACCGCAUCCCUCUGACCUGGGGUCAGAAUAAACUUCCCUGGAAGCUUCUUCAUGCAGCUCUGAUGCUUCUCUCCCUGAUCCUGUCCAUCGUGGGACUCUGUGCUGUCUUUGACUUCCAUAACAGCAAUAAUACUCCCAACCUGUACUCCUUACACAGCUGGAUUGGAAUUGCAGCUACAGCUCUUUUUGCCAUGCAGUGGGUGGUGGGAAUGGCUGGCUUCCUCCUGCCCUGCUCCCCCAUAUCACUACGUGAACUCCUGAAACCCGUUCAUGUGUGGCUAGGAGGCAGCAUACUGCUGCUCAGCAUCGCUGCCUCCAUCUCCGGCAUCAAUGAGAAGCUCUUCUUUGCCCUGAAAGGAAAUCAGUCAUAUGCUAUGCUUCCUUCAGAAGCUGUGUUAGGAAAUACAUUAGGGGUUUUGAUCGUCGCCUUUGGCUUGGUCGUCCUAAAGAUUUUGGCCAACAGUGAAUGGCAGAGACCAGAUUCCAGUCCUGAGGAUUUAGCCUACUCGCCAGUGCUAUAAGAAGAAAAUUAAUAAGGAGAAACUUCAGAACUUCUCACUGCAAAUCAGUUCAAUCAUCUCAGAUCACAAGUGGCUAAAAAUAAAAAAUAAAAAAAAGAAACUUUUCUGAAUGUAAAAGCAGCUCUUUGACCUGUAUGAAAAUUAUCUGUUUGUUGAUGGUGUAAAUGUUUACUUGAAAUUAUAUUUAAAGUUGCCUUUUUCUUUUGUCCAAAGAAUAAAAGAAUGUGUGACAGUU